AAGUCUAAGUCCUUUCGUUUCUAUUCCGACGUCAGAAGUAAAAAAUAAAUAAUUAACGUUCUAGAUAAAAUGAACAUUAAUUGUGUAAUUUGUUCGGAUUUAUUUGUUUCAUCGGACAACAUAUUUACAACACCUUGUGGGCAUAUCUUUCAUUACACCUGUUUAAUCCAAUGGUUGGAACGUUCUAAAUCAUGUCCUCAAUGUCGAAAUAAAUGCAACGAAAGAAAUAUAUUUCGUAUCUAUUUUAACAAUGCCGUUAAUUUGGAUUCUACUCAAACAAGUCCAGAAAAUCUUCUUCAAUCGAUUGAUGAACUUACAUUAAAAAUCAGAGAAAAGGAUCAUUUAUUAAAAAAAAUUGAAGAUCAAAGUUCAAAGCUUGAAAAUGUUUUGAAAACCAAAGACAAGCGAAUAGAAAAGCUUGAUGUUUCAAAUUCUAGAAAUGUGCAAAUAAUCGCAACAUUACGCCACGAAAUGGACAUUCUAUCAAGUAAUCGAGCUAAUUAUAAAGCAAUAGAAAUCGAAAAUGCUGAAUUAAAAUCAAAACUGGACUUGAUGUUGUCAAUUGAAAGUGUCCUGACAGCUUCGCAAAAAGAAGUUGACGAGAUUCUUAAGCAGAAUUUAAAUACCAGAGACUUAUCAGUGAUGGUAGGAACAUUGAGACGUGAACUUAACAAUAAUGAAAUACGUAAAAAUGAGCUGAGAAAGCAAAUACAAAUGCUUAAGAAUGAUAUUCGUGAAGAACAAGAAGAGAUAAGAAAUCUCAAAGAUAAACAAAGUUCUUAUGAGAGUGAAAACAACAGACUCAAAAUAAAGCUUAGAAAACUAAUGAAGGAAGACACGGAUGACUGCGGUUUUGAAUCACCAGGACCUUCAAAAUCUUGCGUAUCAUUAGUUGUCAGUGAAGGCGAUAUAAAUACUCCUUCUCCAUUGUCAGAAAAUGAGUUUGCAAAAAGAGUUAAACUUGUGAAGGAGUCAGAGUCCCCAUACUUAAAAGUAAAGUCAAGUAACAUAGCUCUAACAUCAAUUUAUAAAAGACCUGCUGAUUACUUUAAUCUCCUGAAAAAACCGAGUUCUUCCAAUGACUUGAAUAAGUUGUCAAUUUUUAAAAGACCGAGAAUUGAAAUGGAUACGAAAAGUUCGACAAAUAAUUCAGAAAACGUUGUUUACAAUGGUCUAGGAGGAACGACAAAAGUGCUGCUUUCUGAUCUUAAGAAGUCUUCAUCAACAUCUCAACUUUACGAUCUUAAGAAGUCCUUAAUACCACCUCAAAUUUCCGUUGUGAGUAAAAGGAAAAAGUUAUCACCAAACGUAUUAGGAAAAUAAAUCAUUCAAUUUUCACUUCUUGUAAUAAAAUUUAUGUUUGUUUUUGC